ACGACAGGAGCGUGAGGAUCGGAAAUGGAAUAGAACACCUUUUGUCUUUGGUAAUGGUUAUUUGUUGUGUUCUUUCUCCUUCCCACCAUUUCAUCCUCGAAACCACACUUUCGAUCUUCCUUCCUUAAUUUUGCACUCUUAACAAAACCAAUAUAUUAAUAUAUACUGUUUCAGCUAGCGUUUCAUUUUCCAUAAAUUCGAUUCAGAGGCGUUUGGCCACGAAUUUGACCAACUUACACAAAUUAUAUAUUCUUGUCGGUGUGUCAUGUUAGUAAAUUCAUCCAUCAUAACACUUCACAAAUUUCACACACGUAUGCUAUAUAAUCAGUGUGACUUUAAGUUGGAUCUCAAAUUCUCACUCAUGGCUGCUAAUUACAACAACAAUAUCAUUAGUGCUGCUGCUGCUGCUUUCAUGACACCUGCAGCCCUACACCUCCAGCCCCAGUCCGACGACGACGACGGAGAAGGACCCUUCUCCACCCAGCGGCGCCCUCGCGGGCGGCCCAUGGGCUCCAAGAACAAGCCCAAGCCGCCCGUCAUAGUCACGCGCGACAGCCCCAACGUCCUCCGCUCGCACGUUCUGGAGGUCUCCCCCGGCGCCGACGUGGUGGAGAGCCUCUCCAACUAUGCGCGCCGCCGAGGGAGGGGAGUGUCCGUGCUCAGUGGCUCCGGCACGGUGGCCAACGUCGUGCUCCGUCAACCGGCCGGGAGCGUCCUCACGCUCCACGGCCGGUUUGAGAUAGUUUCCAUGACGGGGACGGUGCUCCCGCCUCCGGCGCCACCCGGUUCGGACGGGUUGUCGGUUUAUCUGUCAGGGGCGCAGGGACAGGUGGUUGGGGGCGUGGUGGUGGCCCCUCUGGUGGCUUCGAGUCACGUGGUUUUGGUGGCUGCUUCCUUCGCUAACGCCAUGUUCGAAAGGUUACCCUUGCCCUUGAAUCAGCAUGAUGAUGAUGAUCAAGUUCUGCAAGAGGCACCACGUGGCGUCAUGGGAACUGAACAGGUGGCAGAUGGAAGGAACUAUCCCUUCUCCGCGUCGCUGCAGGGUGAAGUAUUUGGAUGGGGUGGAACUGGAACUACAUCAUCAACAUCAACUGCACCACCCAAAACUCAUCCUUUCUAGUAUUGCAAUGUACUAUUAUAUAUAUACAUCAAUAUUAUUAUAUGUGCAACACAUGCAUGAUUUGAAAUUAAAAAUAUCUAGACAAUGUUUUGGCCACCCUGCAA